CUUUAUCGGUCUGCUAUCCUCUUCAGAAACAUAAUUUGUAGACGCAAGUACGCCAUGUCCACUGAAACAAUCACUCAAUCGUUGGCCGGAUUGGGCCUCCAGAACUCGCCCUCGGUAGAGGGCUCUCACCCCGAAUACAACGUCGUGGAUGUGAUGAGAAACUAUAUUACACUGGAAUUGAGCUCCAUCACCGGAAUUUCAAACGAGAUCAUUUUCCUGGCUUUGGACUCGCCCAACACUUUGGACAAGGGAGAUCUUCUCGUGCCGCUCCCCAGAUUGAGGCUCCCAAAGGGCACUGAUUUCAAGGCCAAGGCCACGGAAAUCGCCCAGGCCUUCAACAAGGGUGGGUACUUGGCUGAAGUCAGGGCCGAGGGCCAGUUCUUGCAGUUUUUCUUCGAGAAAAAGACGCUUUUCAACCUUGUCAUCAAGGAUGCCUUGACCAGAAGCACGGACUACGGGUUUUUGCCCUUGGGUUUGGGUAAGAAAGCCAUUAUCGAGUUUUCGUCUCCCAACAUUGCCAAGCCUUUCCACGCCGGCCACUUGAGAUCCACCAUCAUCGGUGGGUUUUUGGCUAACUUGUACGAGAAAGUCGGCUGGGACGUCACCAGAAUCAACUACUUGGGAGACUGGGGCAAGCAGUUUGGCUUGUUGGCAAUCGGUUUCGAGAAGUACGGUGACGAGGCCAAGUUGGCCACGGACCCCAUCAACCACUUGUUCGAGGUGUACGUGAAGGUGAACAGAGACAUCACCGACGAAGGCGAGGUUGCGGGCGGCACCAACGACCAGGCCAGAGCCUAUUUCAAGAGAAUGGAGGAUGGCGACGAGAAGGCAUUGGCCAUCUGGAAGAAGUUCAGAGACUUGUCCAUCGAGAAGUACAUCGACACAUACGCCCGGCUCAACAUCCAGUACGACUUGUACUCCGGCGAGUCGCAGGUCUCGCUGGAGAAGAUGAAAGAAGUCAUCGAGUUGUUCAACGAAAGAGGGUUGGUGCAUGAGGACAGAGGCGCCAAGCUCAUCGACUUGUCGAAGUUCAACAAGAAGUUGGGCAAGUGUCUUGUGCAGAAAUCCGACGGCACGUCGUUGUACUUGACCAGAGACGUGGGGGAGGCCAUUAAGCGUUACGACAACUACAAGUUCGACAAGAUGAUCUACGUCAUUGCCUCGCAGCAGGACUUACACACGGCGCAAUUUUUCGAGAUUUUGAAGCAGUUGGGCUUCGACUGGGCCAAGAAGUUGGAGCACGUGAACUUUGGCAUGGUGCAAGGCAUGUCCACAAGAAAGGGUACCGUGGUGUUCUUGGACAACAUUUUGGAAGAGACCAAGGACAAAAUGCAUGAAGUGAUGAAGAAGAACGAAGGCAAGUACGCACAGAUCGAGAACCCCGAGAAGAUCGCGGACUUGGUCGGGAUUUCCGCCGUGAUGAUCCAGGACUUCCAGUCCAAGCGUAUCAACAACUACGAGUUUAAAUGGGAGAGAAUGCUUUCUUUCGAGGGUGACACCGGUCCAUACUUGCAGUACGCACACUCGCGCUUGAGCUCGGUGCAAAGAAAGUCGGGCAUCUCGGAGGACAAGUUGAAGAGUGCCAACUUCGACUUGUUGACCGAGUCCGCGGCCUCAGACUUGAUCAGAACGUUGGCGCAAUACCCUGACGUGAUCAAGAAGGCCUUGAAGACGAACGAGCCUUCCACGAUCGUCACCUACUUGUUCAACUUGACACACAUUGUGUCCUCGUGCUACGACACCUUGUGGGUUGCAGGCCAAGAGGAGGACUUGGCCACGGCUAGAUUGGCGCUCUAUGCGUCUGCUAAGCAAGUCUUGUACAACGGUAUGGUGUUGUUGGGCUUGACUCCCGUGGACAGAAUGUAAGCCUCACGGGCCCGUUUGUAGCGGUAAUAUGGAGUAUGAAACAGUUGCAAAAGGAAAUGUUGUUGGUGUAUUUUUUCUCGGUGGAGUUUUUACUAAGGCGUUUAGAUGAUUCUGAAGGGUGGCAAAUUAGAAAGACACAUGCGGCUGUGGGAUUCAUAUAUCGAAGCUGCAACUUGUGAUAUGAAACUGCUCAACGUUACCACAAAUGUAUUUAGAAAUUAUCCAUAGUAUAAUCUAGUAUGGGAAGCAAA